AUCAAGAGUCUAUACAGAAAUUCCGAUAUAUACUGAAAAAGUAGUGAAAGAAAAAAGAAUGAAAGAAUUCGUCACAAAAAAUACGAAUAUCACUACAGCAACGACAAUAAACAACAAUUCUUCUGCAAUCACCAACACUACUAGUGCGAUCAAUACCAACGAUUCUAAUAAUAAGAAAAAAAUACAAUUACCGCCACCACUACAACCAUUAUCAUCAACUGUAAUAGCGAAGAAAUUAUCGACAACGAACAUGGUAUCUGAACAACAACAACAACAUCAUCAUCAUCACCACCAUAAUAUUCAGCCGAUUAAUGGUGUGGUAUCAUCAUCAACUAAUAAGGUUGAUCAACAAGCGGAUACCAUUGAAUAUAUGGAAGUUGAAGAUAAUUUACCAACAACUACAACGACAGCAACAAUUACGACGACCAUUGAAGAACACGAAAUGAGUGAUAAUAAUAGCAUGCCGUCAUCAUCGACAAUAGAACAACAAAUAGAAUAUACAUUACAAGAUGUUCCAGCAUUAAUGAAACGUCUUUUAAAACCGAAUGAAUAUUGGUAUAUACUUGAUAAACAUUGGUAUGAUUCUUUUUUGACCUAUCUGGAGAAUAGUAAAGAUCAGGCGAAUCAUCCAGGAAAAAUCGAUAAUAAAGAAUUAUUACGACCGGCCCAGAAUACAACGAUAGCAAAUAAUAAUAAAACAUCUACACAAACAUAUCGUUUAAAGACAACUGCACGAGAGAAUGAAGAUUUUGUUAUCGUACCCGAAGAGGUAUGGAAUUUAUUAGUUAAUGAAUUUGGUCUUGUCGAUGGUAUGGGUGGCCAUCCGAUUCGUUGUCCAGUUAUACAGCGUACCGAAUCAUAUUAUCAAGUUGAAUUAAAUCCACUAGAAUUGCGUUUAACAUUAUAUGGUUCAAAAGAAGAUAUGGUCAAACAAUAUAGCCGUAAUUGUACUUUACGUGAAGUGAUUGAUGAUAUGAAAAAAUUAUUCAAUAUUGAUGAUUCAAAACCUGUUCAAUUAUGGAAUAAUGCUACAUUGUUAGUGUCGCAUACAGAUGCUAAUUGUAGUUCCUCCACACCGAUUGCAUCUUCAUCAACAUUGACAACAGCGAACAAUGCUAAUGUGAAUGCAAGCAGUAGCAGUACAUUUGUGCCUUCCGUAACGCCGCCACCACCUCCCCCUUUACCAACUUCUGGUGGUUCAAAAGCGGCGAUAUCCGAUAUCAAUCAACGUUUAUUGGAAAUAACCGAAUUGGAAGCACCGAAUACGGUGCUAACAAUUGAAGUUGAAAAUCCUGAUCACACUUGGCCUUCAAGCAAGACAAAAUUAGGCGCUGUAACACGAUCCAAAUAUGCAAGUGGUGUACCGAAUUGUCCGCCUGGUGUAUGUGGUCUAAUGAAUCUGGGAAAUACAUGUUUCAUGAAUGCCGCUAUUCAAUGUCUUUCGAAUACGGCACCAUUGACCAAAUAUUUUCUUGCCGAUCAACAUCUGGUUGACAUAAAUCCGGAUAAUCCCUUAGGAAUGCGUGGUGAAAUUGCUCGACGUUAUGCUGAGCUCAUUAAAACCAUUUGGUCUGGAUUUCAUUCGAGUGUUGCUCCACGAGAAUUCAAAAUUGCGGUCACUCAAUUUGCGCCACAAUUUUCAGGAUUCGCUCAUCACGAUUGUCAAGAAUUGAUGGCUUUUUUGUUGGAUGGUUUACACGAAGAUCUGAAUCGAGUAAAAGUUAAACCAUAUAUCGAAAUGAAAAACGAUAUUGAAAGGCGUCCAGAUGAAAUUGUAUCGAAGGAGGCAUGGGCCAAUUAUAAACGUCGUAAUGAUUCUAUUAUCGUCGAUACAUUUCAUGCUCAAUUGAAAAGUACUUUAGUUUGUCCAGAAUGUGAAUUAGUUUCGGUCACAUUCGAUCCAUUCUGUUAUCUUACGUUACCGUUGCCUUAUCGGAUUGAAAAACCAGUGGAUAUUUUAUUCGUACCAGCUAUUUCAAAACGUCCAAUGUAUAAAAAGAACACAAUUUCGGCUAGUGCAACAUCCACCUCUUCGAAUAAAUUCGUAAUGAAUACAAAUUACAAUGCAACACCAGUACGAUGUAUAUUGUUAGAAAAUGUGAUGAUACCGAAAACUGGUUGUGCAUCCGAUAUUCGUGUUGCUGUGGCUAAAUUUCUUAAUGAUUGUAAUAAUGGUCAAGAUGAUGGCAGUCCUCAUCGUGCUUAUUUUAAUCGAAAAUUUGAUCCGAAAAAAAUGGUCGUCGCUAACAUUAUGGAAUGUAGAAUGAAUAAAAUUUAUGCACCUACAGAUUAUUAUAAUCCACAUUUGGAUGAUAUUGUCGUGUAUGAAUUGGAUGAUCCACCAACGGCACAAAAUUCCGAAACGCAAGGCUGUCAAACGCGUAGUUCAUCGAAAUUUAGUGGCUAUCCAUUGCCCGUAUUCAUACGGCAAAUAAAUGCCGAUCAUUCUGAAAGCAUUAUUAGUCGACCAUUUUUUAUCAAUCUCAAAUCAUUGACUUAUGAAAAUAUACGUGAAGCUAUAUUCAAAGAAUUGACCAGUCUUGUACAUCCGGAUAAGCUGAAUUGUUUUCUUCAAGCAAUGGAAGAAAUGUUUGUUGAAGAGGAUAAAAAUAUUACUUCUACGGUUACAACAAACGAUAAACAACGAACGCGAAGAUCAAGUGCAGGGUCGGAUGGUGAAUCAUCCGAUGUUGAAGAAGAAGAUAUGGCGGCCAAUAAUAAUAGUAGUAACGAUAAUUCGAUCAAUAAUAAUAAUGAAAAUUCCGAUGAUGAUGAAGGUGUUGAUGAAAUAUACGGUGGUAGUGGUAAUAAUAAACGAACAAGAACAUAUCCGUCUUAUUCAAUUGUUACGGUCAACAAUAAUGCCCAAUGUCAAUUAUCGGUUAUACAACCGGGGACACGAUUGGAUUCAUCAUUCGAUGACUAUCUGGCCAUUAAUAUACAUUAUCGUAUUGUUUCAAAAUUCUUCCCAUCGAAUCUAAAUCGUGCUGGUCUUUUACGGCUAUCCGAAUUAUUACCAAAUAUGGCUACCAAUACACAUGCAAAUUCAUUGUUAACGUUAAAAGAAUGUAUUAACCAAUUUACGUUGACAGAAAAAUUGGGCGAAAAUGAUCCAUGGUAUUGUCCACGUUGUAAGAAACAUCAAAUGGCUAGUAAAAAGUUCGAUAUAUGGUCAUUACCAAAUAAUCUGAUCAUUCAUUUAAAACGAUUUUCUUAUUCACGUUUACAUCGAGAUAAAUUAAAUGUUUUGGUUGAAUUUCCAAUCGAAAAUUUGGAUAUGUCUCCAUAUGUAUUACAUAAUCCGAAUAAAGAAUCAUUGGUUUAUGAUUUAAUCGCUGUAUCAAAUCAUUAUGGUGAACUUGGCGCCGGUCAUUAUACAGCAUAUGCAAAGAAUUUUCAAUCAAACAAUUGGUAUCUAUUUGAUGAUUAUUCUGUAACACCGAUUGGUGAUAAAAAUAAAGUGAUGACCAAAGCUGCAUAUGUUCUUUUCUAUCAACGUAAACAACCAAAUAGUGAUGAAUCACAAUCUUUGGUUAAUUGUACGACGACAACUGCUAGCAAAAUCUAAUUAAUAUUCAAUUCAACCAAAUU